AUGCAGAUAACAGCGCAAUCGCAGGAGAUGCAAGGGGAGCUGCAAGUCGCUCCUUCCAAAGGCACCCGGGUGGCUUUUGAAGGGCCGCUGUGCCUUGGUAGAAAUCCAGCGUGGAAGGACCGGGGCGCCCGAUGUUGGCUUCAUGCGGCGCGUGCCGCGCGAUCUUUCGUGGCGGAGAGCGCCUUUCUGCCCGCCCCCAAAGUGGUGGCCGCCGGCUUGGGGAACCGCAAGGUCCGCGCCACGAAGAUGAACGCCGACUCGUCGAGGUCCCAUUUGAUGCUGAUCAUCAGCAUGGACGUGAUCGACAAGGAGACCGGCAGGCGGCGGUCCGGGAAGAUCUCCAUCGUGGACCUCGCAGGCUCAGAGCGCCUGAGCAAGAGCGAGGUCACCGGCGAGGCCCAAAAGGAAGCCAUCGAGAUCAACAAGUCUCUGACAGCGCUGGGGGACGUCAUGAUGGCUUUCGCCUCCCGGGCCAAGCUGAUCCCGUACCGCAACCACAAGCUGACCCAGUUGAUGCAGGACAGCUUGGGGGGCUCGGCGAAGACCUUGAUGUUUGUCAAUAUUUCGCCGUCAUCGUCGAAUACGGAUGAAACCAUCAACUCUCUCAAGUAUGCGUCAAGGGCCAGGUGCAUCGAGAACGAAGUGAAAACGAAUAUGCCGGGCUUGAAGAGCACCGGGCGUUAG